AUGCGUCUUCGAACUUUACCUAAUGAAAUAUUACUUUUAAUCUUAAAAAACCUGAACAACAUCCAUAUUCUCUAUUCAAUCUUCAGUAUUGAUCAUCAACGACUUGAUAGUUUAUCACAAGAAAACACUUUUACUAAUACAUUUAGUUUUGUAUUAAUAACAUCAGAUGAUGAUAUUUUUUUGCUUCCUGAUUAUAUUACUUCAAGAUUCUGCAAGUAUAUAUUACCAAAAAUUGAUCAAAAUAUACAAUAUCUUAUUCUUGAUUCAUUAUCUAUGAAAAAUAUUCUUCAAGCUGGUAUUUAUCCUAAUUUAGCACAACUUAAAAUUUUCAAUUUUAAUGAUAAAAUUUUUGAUGAUAUUUUACAGGAAAUUCGUUUUUUUAACAUUAAUUCGGAUGAAAAAUUUCAUGUUUUUUAG